AUGGACCACGACAAACAAGAGGACGUGUUAUCAUUUAUCAUCGAGAAGUACUUACAGAACGAAGUCACGAACACCCACGCACUUCUGUUGUUGAAAGCACUCCAUGACUUUCCUAUAGAAGUCUCCCCACACUUCCAACGGCUUGUCCACGAAUCGUGUAGAAGAGGGAACAUGGAAACGACGAAGUAUUUGCUUGAGACGUAUCCACAGUCGUUGGAGUUACAAACCCCCAAAGGCGAGACACCGCUUUUUACUGCAAUGCAAAACUCGAAAUAUGAUAUAGUCGAGACUUUGUUGGACGCAAAGGCCGAUUUAAAACAUAAAUUGCCGAAUGGAGACACCAUCCUUCACGUGUUGUCUCUGAACUCAAGAUCACAGAAGAAAGUCGACAUGCUCGAGAGGAUCAACACAUUAGAGCCAUUGAUGAUUAAAGAAAAGAAUAUUAUAGGCGAAACUAUUUUGCACUUGGGUGCAAGUGUCGGGGACUUCGAUUAUGUCAAAAAGGUUAUUGAGCUCAAUGGGGACGUGUUGGACGAAACAUAUUAUGGGAGGGAUGUCCUGCAAUUUGCAAUUGGAAGCGGCAAUAUUCAACUUGAAAAUUACAUCAAAGGAGUCAUUCGAAAUAUCCCAGAAUACGCCAAAUUCCACGUAGUCAGUCGGAAGAAGUUUGUGGUUGUGUGCGUCUGCGUUUUUGUGUUCUGGAUUAUCUAUUACAAGUUCAUUAAAGGGAUCAUCGAGGUGUGA